AUGUCGGGCGCAACAGGCGCUGCAAAACAAACGCCUUCGGCAGGUUACAGCUCCACAGAUGCGUCGUCGGAGUCCAGCUCCAGCUCGUACGAGUCCUCCGAGGACGGCGACCCCAUCAAGAUCGUCACGGCGCGCACGCACCUCCCCGUGGGCGACGCGCCCGUGCCCUCCCAGUCCCCGCGCAUCAACGCAAAGGCCGCGGGGCCGCCCGCCGUGCCGCGCCUGCAGCUCGGGAAGGGCCCCGCUGCCUCCGCGGAGGGCGGCGUCACGAAGAGCUCGUCGUUCAAGGUCCCGCCGCUCAACCUAGGGGAGGACCGCCGCGCACCCGCCGCAGCAGCCGCGGCGCCCGCCGUCUCCGUCCCGCGGAUCGACCUGCUGUCCCCCGCGAUCCAGGCCGCCGAGGACGAGGCUUCGAGCGCGACGGCGCAGCAGCUGAUGCUGGAGGUCCGGCGGCGGUGUCAGCAGGCGUUCGGCGUGGUGGCGUCGGCUCUCCGGUUCUACUCCAUAGCCCCCCUGGACGGGCAGACGGUGCCGGACGGGUGCGUGCACCUCGGCGUGACGAUCGAUGGCAGCCGGUUCAGCCUGAGCGAGCUGGAGUCGCUGGCGAACGUGCGCGCGCGGGAGGGCGGGGCCGCGGCGAGCAAGGGCGAGGGGCCGCAGGGCUCGGCGGGGGGCGAGGGCGACGUGCGGGAGCGGUGCGAGGCGCUGGAGCGGGAGAACGCGGAGCUGAAGAAGCGGCUGGAGGCCAAGGAGAAGCUGCGGCGGCAGUCGGUGGAGCGCCUGGAGGAGCUGCGCGGGCAGUUCGACAGCCUGACGCAGCGGAUCCGCGCGACGCCCGCGACGCCGCGGUCCGGGCCGCGCGCGACGGGGGCCUCGCCGGCCGCGGGGACGCCCGUCACGCCGCCGAACGCGCGCCCCCCGAGCGCGCUGGUGGCGCUGCACCGCAUCCUGGGCGACCCGGCCUACUGCAAGGCCGCGGAGGAGAUGCCGAGCGAGGAGAUGACGGCGGCGAUCAAGACGGCGCUCGAGGGGUGGAUGACGAACCGGACGGUGCGGGGCGCCGGGGCCUGA